AUGGUGGGGUCUGGGAUCCCCGCUUUGGGCCUCUUCCUGCUAAUGCAGGGCUCAGUAGAUGGGAAUGGAGUCCAGGGAUUCUUCUAUCCAUGGAGCUGUGAGGGAGAUGUCUGGGACCGGGAGAGCUGUGGGGGCCAGGCGGCAGUUGAGAACCCGAAUCUCUGUCUGCGUCUACGAUGCUGCUACCGCGACGGGGUCUGCUACCACCAGCGGCCAGAUGAAAACAUGCAGAGGAGGCACAUGUGGGCACUUGGCUGGAUGUGCGGAGGCCUCCUCUUCCUCAUCUCCAGCAUCUGCCUGUUCUGGUGGGCCAAGCGACGGGAUAUGCUGCGGCUGCCGUGGUUCCUGAAGGGCAAGUGCAACCUGUCCCGGACCGUCUCUCUGUUAUCCAAGGACCGGACACCGAGCGAAAGGAAGAUGGCGUCCAUUGGCAGCAUGCCCAUGGAGGGGGCUCUGGAUGUCUCAGGGGGCACUGAUGAGGAGCGCACGGAAGGGGGCGAAGAAACGGAAGCAGGGGAGGAGGAAGAUUAG